AUGCAGUCAGGAAUUACAGUCUCCGCGGAGCUGCAAGAUGCCUUCAGCCGCUUCAACUCCGACCCCUCAUCCUUCUGCCUGCCAGUGACCAUCACAGCCGAGACCCUAACACCGCUGUCCCCCAUCUCCUUCCAAGGCAGCCCUUCACCAGACGCCUUCGUCUCUGCCCUCCCCCAGCUUUCCUCGGUCCUCCAGCCGAAAACCCCAAUCUACCUCCUUCUCCGACGCCCGACGUCCGCAUCGACUGCACUCAUCGCCUUGACCUACAUCCCGUCCAAUGCACCAGUGCGAGCGAAGACACUCUUUGCCUCGACUCGGUCGACUCUGACUCGUGAGCUUGGCACGGAGAAGUUCGCUUCUACUGUCUUUGCUACGGAGGAAGAGGAGAUUCUGGACCGGGAGGCGUGGCGCGAGCGUGAUGGCGAGGGACCCAAUGCUAUCUCUCGUGAAGAUAUGAUGGGCGAGAAGGAGAGGGAGCUGGAGGCUGUUCGGAGGGCUGAGGCCGAGGCGCGGAAUGGUACGCCUUCCAGGGAUAUUGGUAUUGGGGGUACGUUUGGACCUGGUACUGGCUCCGGUAUGAGAGUUUCUCUGCCAGUCGAUGAGGCGGCUAAGACUGCCUUGAAAGAUUUACAGGAUAGUGGGUUGGUUCAGUUGACGGUUGAUGUUCGCACCGAGAAAAUUGUCCUGGCCGACUCCCAGUCUGGAGUCGAGCCGAACUCUGUCGCCACACACAUUUCCUCCUCUUCGCCGCGGUAUUCCUUCUACCACUACCCCGGAUCUGAUGUUGUGAUCUUCGUGUACACCUGUCCCAGCGGGGCGUCGAUCAAGGAGCGAAUGCUGCAUGCCAGCUCGCGGAGGAACGCCAUCACCGUUGCCGAACAAGAAGGACUGAAGAUUGAGAAAAAGAUUGAGGCCUCUGGCCCUGACGAAAUCACCGGAGAUCGCCUGCAAGAGGAAGUCACACCAGCACGAGACCAGGGUCCUGCCCGUGGCUUCGCCAGGCCUCGCCGCCCCGGCCGGUAA